AUGAAUACUUCAUUUCAAGAUAAAGGCCGAAUCAAAAGUAUUCCUCCUCAUAUCAACAAGAUUAUGGAAUUGGAUACUGAUGGUAAGAUAAAAAAGUAAUUAAUUAAUAGAUUAAUUUCCCUGUGGAGACAUUUUUUUUUAUUCAUUUUGGUCAUCAGAAAAGUUAGCAGUUUGGGUUACUGUAGUUCAAUAAAAAUAUGAGAUUACUGUAGAAUUUCGGAAUUCUUCCAGAAAUGUAUUCAAUUCAAAAUCCCAGAUAAUUUAAACUUUCGAAAAUCAAAAAUAAAUAAUUAUUGAAAUAAAGAUAAAGUUAAAGAAGCUUAAUCAAUAGAAAAAAAUUAAGAAAUUAACGAAAACACGUAAUUUAAGGUUUUUUUCAAUUUCUUAUUAAUUAUUUCCAAAAUGUCUAAAUAAUGAUCAAUACAAAAAUAUUUAUUGCGUGACCUUUCAAAAAUGUUCCAAUUCAUUUUACCACGUUCCGUUAUUUUUCAAUUUAUAAUAAAAAGUAUUCAAUUAUUUUAACAAUCAAGUUAAAAAAUUGUUCGGAAAUGAACUCGGCAUGCUCGCCACACUUCCAACAAAAAUGCCGGGGAGCCCGAAAUAUAUGAGAGAAUUAGUGAUGUCGGUGAGUUGAAAAAAUGUUCCCUAUUUCCAAAACAAGAUCCAUAAAGAAAAUAUGAUGUGAUAAGUUUUCAGAAUCAAUGGAUUCUUCAGAUGUUUUAUUGCUGAAGAACGAGAAUAUCAUUUGGAACUAUAUUUUUAAGUAAGGUGAACAACCUCAUUUUCAAAUUGACUUUCAAUUUUUCAGCAGUAUUGUUUUGAAGAAAAAGGAAAAUGUCGUCGAUGUUGCGUUUUUUGUUCAAUUUUUAAAAUCCAAUAUUUUGCCUGAUAUUGAACCAGAUGAGCUGUUUGAGCAGUGAGUGAUUUUUCUUAUUUUUUUGAAACAAUCACAUUUUUACAGUUAUCAAAAUGUGAUGGUGCCCAAUCUGUAUCGAAGUGAAAUAGAAGCUGCAAAAAAAUUGAAUUUGAUCAAACAUCUCGAUGUACUUAUUAAUGAUAAUGGCAAAUUAUUCAUUGAAAGAUCAAUAACAUUGAAAUCGAUAAAAUGGCAUAAAAAUCGAUUGAUCAAUUUUGAAUUUGUUCCACCACCAAUACAAAAACAAUCGAAUGUUGAAACACUUGUAAAGAGAGCACAAGAAUUGGAAUCGAAAUUCGUGGAUUUCAUCACGAAGUAAGUCAUUUCCCAGUCAUAAUAUCUCCUCAACUAAUUUUUAUAUUGGACACAAUGGUUUUUUUGAAGUGGCACUGACAGUGGAAAUUGUGUCUUUCUAAUGAGUUCUUAUAUUAUUUUGUUCUAAAAUGGGUCCAUUUUAGAAACAAUUUCGCUAUCUAAGAUCUUUUUUGAGCUGCUGGCUCACAUAAAACACAUGUCUAUUUAAAUGUGGAAUCAAAAUUGUAUCAAUUUCCUCCAAAUUAUAAAAUUAACCACUAUCUAGAAAUAUAUAAUUGAACAUUAUUUAGAAGAUCAGAUAUCCCAGUUGAACAAUUUGAUCAAAUAUGGCUCUGGAAUUUAUUUGCAUCAAUAUACAAUAUUGAUUCAACUAUUGAUAUACAGCCCGCUUUUGCCGUGUUUUUGAAUAGAUUGUGGUUUCAGCCGAUUGAAGUCGACAUAAAAUUGAAAUUUAUGAGAUAUUUCAAAAUAAAAAUCGACUUCAUUAUGAAGGAUUUCUUAACAUCAUAUCACGAUGUCAAUAUAACACUUGAUGAUGACAACAAGAUAAUUGGCUGGACCCACAUGGUAAAUAAAAAUGUUUGGUGAAGAAACCUAAAUAAUUUGCUUCAGAUUGAUCAACGCAAUUUUGAAGAGACCUUCGAUCACUCAACCAUCGUUUUGCCAAAAUCAAUUUUGUCAAGCACGUUGAAAUCAAAUUCUGAAAACGAGGAGAAAUUGGCUUGUUAUCAACCGAGCAAAAUCUUGAAUGAGUUUGGGGAGACACUAGAUGAAGACGGAAGCGAAAGUUUUAUGUCGAAAACAAUUCGAAAUGUCAACAAGGUCGCUUGGCAAAAAAUCAGGGCGAUGAUUUCCAACCGGAAAAAUAUGUCGACGAAUUUGGAGAAACGCAAACACAAGCACCACCGAAUUCGUUGGAGGACACCGAAGAUUCAAUUAUGUUGA